AUGCUACUGCCCCUCUCGCCCAGUCUCCCGCCUGAGUCCUGGACAUCCUUCAACGCUCUGCCGGACCCUUCUGACCCGUCCCGUUCUCGCUUCCCGCUCCCCUAUUGGUGCUCUGUGCCCUGGUCCCCUGAUCGCCGUCUGCCCCCUCCUCGCUUGCCCCCUCUUCUGCCUCGCCCUCUCUCGGCCUUGCUGUCUUCUCUGUUUGCCUGCCCUCUCCCUCCCCUCUGCCCCUGCUGCUUUUCCCUGCCUGCUCCCCUCCCCCCCCUCACCCCCCUGCCGCCUCCUUCCUCUUCCUGGUGCUCGCAUUUCUCCUCUGCCCUCUUCCUGCUCGCCUCCUUUGUGCUUGGCCUCGUGGUCUCCCUCUGCCUCCUGCUCGCUCUCCCCCCUGCCAUGCUGCGCCUGCUCACCUGA